GUGGUUGAAAAUAGGACAUAGUUUUAAUCUUUUAGAAAAAAGAACCAAAUUAUGUCCAAACUCAGUAUGUCAAUGUGAAAAAAAAUUAAAAAUAGUCGAAAAUUGUGAUCAAUGUAAAAAUAAUAUAAAGUGUGAGGCAGAAUACCUGAUAAUAUGUGAUGAUUGUCUUCAUGAAGUAUUAGAGAGAGAAUCUGCUAAUUGGUCAAGUGGAAAUUUACAAAUUGAUGAAUUUAUUAGAAAAGCACGGCAGUCAUUAUAUUAUACUCGAUACCCUGAACGGAUUCCAUAUACUUUUUAUACUCGAUACCCUGAAUGGAUUCCAUAUAAUUGUUUAACCAAAAUAAAACAUAUUAAAGACGAAUUUGGUGCAGUAAUUUCUGCAGAAUGGAGCCAAGGAGUCAAGACAAUACAAUAUUCUAAUAAUAAGUACUAUUACAUUCGAUCAGAUCCCUGUGCAGUUGUUUUAAAGAAAUUAAAAGACAUGAACCAGCUUUCAAUUAUAGAAGUGCGCUACCAAGAUUUGUUUUAUUGUUGUGGCUUAUAUGGAAUUGCCCAAGAUCCCUCAACAUCAGAAUAUAUGAUUGUAGAACCCCCGUCUCUAUGCGAUAAUUGUCUUCAUAAAACGUUAAAAUGUGAAUUUUCUAAAUGGUCAAGUGGAUGUUUACAAAUUGAUGAAUUUAUUAGAAAAGCGCAGCAGUCGUUAUCUUAUGAUCGGUAUCCUGAAUGGAUUCCAUAUGAUUCCUUCACUGAAAUAAAACCUAGUAGAGACGAAUUUGGUGCAGUAAUUUCCGCAAAAUGGAGCCAAGGAGCUAAAAGAAUACAAAAUUUUAACAAUAGACGCUAUUAUUUUCGAUCAGAUCCCUGUGCAGUUGUUCUGAAGAAAUUAAAAGAUAUGAAUCAGCUUUCAAUGAUAGAAAUACGCCACCAAGAUUCAUUUUGUUGUUGUGUCUUAUAUGGAAUUACCCAAGAUCCUUCAACAUCAGAAUAUAUGUUUGUAGAACCUACACCCCUAUGCGAUGAUUGCCUCCAUAAAGUGUUAAAAAGUGAAUUAAUUGAUGAAUUUAUUAGAAUAGCACAGCUGACAUUGCGUUAUAAUCGGUAUCCUGAAUGGAUUCCAUAUAAUUCUUUCACCAAAAUAAAACAUAUUAGAGGCGAAUUUGGUGCAGCAUUUUCUGCAGAAUGGAGCCAAAGAGCCAAAAAAAUACAAAAAUUUAACAAUGAGCGCUAUUACAUUCGAUUAGAUUCCUGUGCGGUUGUUCUAAAGAAAUUAAAAGAUAUGAAUCAACUUUCAAUGAUAGAAACACGAUAUCAAGGUUCAUUUUAUUGUUGUAGCUUAUAUGGAAUUACCCAAGAUCCUUCAACAUCAGAAUAUAUGCUUGUAGAACCCUCAUCUCUAUGCGAUGAUUGUCUCCAUGAAACAUUAAAAUGUGAAUUUUCUAACUGGUCAAGUGGAAAUUCGCCAAUUGAUAAAUUUAUUAGAAAAGCACAGCAGUCGCUACCUUAUGAUCAGUAUCCUGAAUGGAUUCCAUAUGAUUCUUUCACCGAAAUAAAAAAUAUUAAUAGAAACAUACUUG